GAAAACAACAGCUCUGCGGAAAUGAAGUGUUGUGGCGUGUGCUCAUAAAGCAUUCAUCUGUCCUGCAGUGAGCUUCUUUACUGUAUAUGAUGGCGCAUUUUCAGCUUUCACAUUUCCAUCUCCUGUUUCUGCUAAUGGCAGCUUUAUUAGAAUACAAAGUGGCAACGCAGAGACCAUGUGAACAGCUUCAACAGUUGAACAUAAGCCGUGUUCAGCGUGACAGCAUGUCUAUUCCUUGUUUAAGCACAACCCACCCGCUGGAGUCUCUAACAGUAAAACUACGCAAGAAUAACCCAGUUCAAGACAUCCUGAUCUCUCCAGCAUCAGAGCACCAGAGAUGGUCUGUGAGAAAACAUGCUGGAAAUAUUCAACUUGAUCUGAAAGACAUCCAACUAACAGAUGAAGGUCUUUAUGACUGUGAGGUCUACAAAGAUCAGGACUGCCUUAACGCAGCUCGAUUUAACCUGACAGUCAAAGAGUGUAAAAGGUUGGAGUCUGUCUCUGCAACAUUAGGCUCUUCAGUGCUGCUGCCAUGCUCUGAACAUCCUCAACAACACACAACUGAUCAAGUCACUUGGAAAGUCAUUGAAGGUCACAGGUCAACAGAUAUAACACAAUAUCGCUCAUCAUCCAAGACCUCAAACAGCACAGAGAAACUCCUGAAGCCUCUGUUUGAGAGAGCGAGAGAACUAGAGAAUAGAUCUCUGCUUAUAAGAAAUUCAGUAAAGACUGAUGAACUGUGGUAUCGGUGCAGAGUGAAUGACAAAACCUGCUAUGAAGUGAAGCUGCAGUUCAAAGAGAUGAAGAUGAAGAUUCUAGAUGAGACGUUUCAUUCAUUGACAACAUUUUCCACAGCACAAUUAGAUCCUCCAACCCCUUCUAAGAGUCCUGUUGGUCUACUGAAAGGCGACACUGCUGCACUCACUGCGUCAAUCAUAACUAAUCUGACAGUAGUAGUGAUGGCCACAAUAGCAUGUGUGAUUCUUUAUUUCAAAACCCGAAGGAACAAAAACAACAGCCAGAUUGAACUGAACUGCAAGUCGUCUGUCUGUUAUUCUAAAAUUUCAGGAGAGUUUGAUGUCCUGUUACCUGAUCAGUCUAACUGAACAGCUUAUAUAUUUAACAUACACUAACUGAACCUGAACAAUAUCAAAAUAAGCAAGCUAGUUAACAUCCAUUACAACAGAAUGAGGUGAAAUAAUUUAAAUAACUAUAUUUAAUGCUUGUAU